AUGUCUGACUACCCAGUGUAUUUCCGUGAGCCUAUCCGUUGGUGCCGUUACCAUGCACACAACCGUCCACACAUCUUCUUCUCCGUGGCCAUUGGUGUUGCUGGUCCUAUUCUUGCUCUAACGCUGACUCCGUUGAGACGCAAGUUCUUGUUUGAGGACCACGAGCCUGUUCCAUUCUCAUAUCCUCUGCCAAACAGAGCUAGAGAUGCAACGUUGAAAGGGUACGACGACUGA